CAGACAAUAGUGAGGGCUGAAAACCUAUCACAUCUCUGUUGAGGCACGGGUCGGUAUGUGAAGCAGCAUGGCUGGAGAGGGCGAAAAGAAGCCAGUGCUGGAGAUGGUCCAGGCUGAUGGGGCUGAUGAAGGCUGUGUGACAUUUGUGCUGCAUGAUGAAGACCAUACACUGGGCAACGCCCUCAGAUAUAUGAUCAUGAAGACUGUGGAUGUGGAUUUUUGUGGCUACACCAUCACCCACCCGUCUGAGAGCAAGAUCAACUUUCGCGUUCAGACACGAGGGGGCAUUCCGGCCACAGAGCUGCUGCGGAGAGGCCUGAAUGAGCUCAGCGAUGUUUCUCAGCAUGUUCUCAACACCUUUCAGGCCAGAGUUAAUGAGUUCAAAGAGAGGCAGGAGCAGCCCAUGGAGUGAAGAGUGUCACAUAUGUGAGACUAUGAAGCUGUCAGACAGUUUCUACAAUCAAGCUGGUUUGUCUUUUUUGUACAUGAAUAAGGUGGUAUGAAACAUUCCCCUUGAAAUAGUUUGAUAACGUUACAAACAUUUGUACAGUUUCUGUUUUGUAUUUCAUUUGAAUUGAUGUAUCUGAAAUGUGUAUGAUCAAUGUUCACCAGUUCCAGAUUAUUGGAAUGAUUAGCGAAAUAAAUUUAUGACCUAAAAA